GCAGUGUGCGCAAAUUCAACCCGCCAGUCGGGUUGGUGGCUUUUGGAUCCCUGAGGCUUGAAGGCGGGCGGGAGGACCCUUUUCCCCCCUCAAGAGGAGAUGACAGCCCACCGUUUAUUAACUUCUGCUUACGCGGAACCCAGAAGUCUUCUGCAAAUCAUGAUCUCAAGGCCAGAGAAUGGCAGGUGAACAGAAACCUUCAAGUAACCUCCUGGAGCAGUUUAUUUUAUUAGCCAAAGGUACCAGUGGCUCAGCCCUUACUGCUCUUAUAAGUCAGGUGUUGGAGGCUCCUGGAGUAUAUGUCUUUGGAGAACUGCUGGAACUAGCCAAUGUGCAGGAGCUUGCGGAAGGGGCUAAUGCUGCUUAUUUGCAGUUGCUGAACCUGUUUGCCUAUGGAACAUACCCUGAUUACAUGGCCAACAAGGAAAGCCUGCCAGAACUGAACCCAGCUCAGCAGAACAAACUGAAGCACCUCACCAUCGUGAGCUUGGCAUCGAGAAUGAAGUGUAUCCCCUACUCUGUGCUGCUGAAGGACCUGGAGAUGAGGAAUCUCCGGGAACUUGAGGACCUCAUCAUCGAAGCUGUCUACACGGACAUCAUCCAAGGCAAAUUGGACCAGCGAAAGCAGCUGCUUGAAGUGGAUUUCUGCAUCGGCCGGGACAUCCGGAAGCAGGACAUCAGGAACAUCGUGAAGACACUGAGGGAAUGGUGUGAUGGCUGUGAAGCGGUUCUGCUGGGCAUCGAGCAGCAGGUUCUCAGAGCCAACCAGUACAAAGAGCACCACCACCGGACUCAGCAGCAGGUGGAGGCAGAGGUCACCAACAUCAAGAAGACACUGAAAGCCACCGCCUCAUCGUCAGCUCAGGAGAUGGAGCAGCAGCUGGCCGAGCGGGAGUGCCCCCCCCACGCCGAGCAGAGGCAGCCCACCAAGAAGAUGUCCAAAGUGAAAGGUCUGGUCUCCGGCCGCCACUAGGGCUGGCUGGGGCAGGUGGGGAGGGGACACCAAGAGCCUCUGUCCUCCCCUCUCUACCUGCAGUGAGUGCCAGACCCGCCCACCCCCCUCACCAGCACCUCCCCACCAACCAUGCACCCUCCCCUCCUCCCCCCCUUCCUCUCCACAUGCUCCCUUCAGACUCAGGGGCUCCACGGAUGCCAUCCUCCGUCCUCACGGGUCGGCCCUGCCCGCCUUCCCUGCAGGAGGUUCUUGUCUCUGUGUUCUUUUGCUCAGCACAUAAGCCGGAGGCAGCUUUGCCCGGCCUGGGGAUGGCUGCAGAGGAGGCCCCACCUCGUUCCUUUCCAGCCCCCAUUCCACUGUCCCCACCAUGGUGCAGGCAUCUCUAGCCAGGAAGCCACGUGCGCUGUUCCGUCUCCUGCCUUAGCCCUGUGGGCAGCUCUCAGUCAGGCUGUGGAGGGACGCGAUGCUGGGCUAUGUUUACUAAACCUGCGGGUUUUCAGCCUCUCUGAGCCUGGCUCAAUCUGUCGUCAGUGGGCAGUGCUGGCUGACUCACCUCUGGUAUCUGAGCACUGACGGAGGGAGCUGGGGGUCCCCCAGAUGGCAGAAGUUGUUUCCCCCAGCCCGAUGUCCUCUGCUGGCCACUCUUCCUGGCCUCUGACUGCUCAGCCUUGCGGGGCUGCCGCCAGCAUCCGCUCUCGCGAGAUCUUCCAUGCCUCGUGGCGGGGCCUCGGUCUGGCGAAGGACUCUGCUGCUCUGCCCCCCCCUCCCCGCCUCACCGGCGACCCACAGCCCCGUGAUGACACCGUACUCCUGGCCAGAAGAAGGACUUGACUAGACUUUCAGAAUUCGAACAGUUUCAGGUUAUAUUUUAACUUUUUUUUUGUACAGGUUGAUUCUAAUACAUUUCAACAUGCUUUUUCCUCCUCUGUGUCAAUAUUUGUUAGAGACUGAUGGCCAGGGAUUCACUCCUGGUCGGAGGGUGGCAUGCGUGUAUGUGUGUGUGUGUCUCGUUUUGUUUUUACGAGGGGAGGUGGGCAUCCUGGAUUGAUUGAAAGCUCACUGAGGAAAAAGCACAUUCUAGAACAGAACAAUAAACGUGUAGAUUUGCUGUA